AUGGGAGGAGAACGCCGAUAUCGACCACGCAUGUUUAGAGAAAGCGAGGAAGAAGAUGAAGAAGUGGGCGGAACAGAAGAUGCGACAUCGAGAGUUCUCCGUUGGAGACUUAGUCCUUGUGAAGCUUUUGCCACAACAGUUCAAAGUUCUCUGAAGCGUUCACAAAGGACUAAUACGGAGAUACGAGGGACCGUUCCAGAUAUUGCUCCUGAUAGACUUGCUGAGCUUGCUCUUAUUGAUCCCAAGAGAGCUAAAAGGAUCCUGGAUAACAGGCAAUCGGCUGCACGCUCGAAGGAGAGGAAGAUUGGAUACACGAAUGAGCUUGAGAGGAAGGUUCAGACACUUCAGUCGGAAGCUACCAAUCUCUCGGCGCAGGUCACAAUGUUACAGAGAGACACUACUGGGUUGACUACUGAGAAUAAGGAACUCAAACUACGGCUGCAGGCUAUGGAGCAACAAGCAAAGCUUAGGGGCACUGAAUGAUGCAUUGAGGGAAAAAGUGCAGCAGCUUAAGAUACAAGCCGGCCAAAUGUCAGCUAUGAAUGGAAAUCCGUUCAACGGAGGAAGGCAUCCUCAAUUUCCCCACCAAUCUGCUACACACUUUGGUGUCCAGCAGCAG